CAUUGGAAGAAAUCGUAUCGAUCUUGGAAAUUCAAGCUUGUGUGUGACCUCCUCAACUGAUUUGUCGCGGCAUUUUAUAAAUAUUUUUUUGAACGUACGAAGCAACCAAAAUAAGUGAAAAAUCAACAGAAGAAAAAUUGUGGAAAUUACCUAGGAAAAUUAUAGCGAUUGCUCUAAAAUCGCUUUAGCAAAUAGCUCACAUAAAACCAUACCAGGAUCAAAACAACAAUACAGAAAAAAUGCCGCGCACCAAGGUUUCAAAAAGUUCCAAGCGUAAUCGUGAGGAAGCCGUACGCGAAGAAAAGAUAAGGGAAUUUGAAAAUACCUUGGAGGGUUUCCAAAAUAAUUUCGAUGUUAAAGUCCAGGACUAUGUGACAUCGUUUGAGCAGCGCAUUACAAUGUUGUUGCAAAAGACAAGUACAGCUUUGUUGCAGAUGAAAAUUUGCGAUGUUUUCGACAUGGACUUAGAGAAAUUUGCCGACUGGGAUAAAAAAAUGAAAUUACGAAAUGAAGAAAACAUGUCAAAUUCCACAUUGCUGCGUUCGGCUAAAAUUACAAAUCCCAAUGACGAGGGCUACCUUACAGAGGAUAGUUCCACAUCAGCCAGUUUAGGCUCAUCGACAACAAAUGCAGCCUAUUUGAAUUCAUCUGCUAUGCGGACCCAACAACUGCCACCACAUCAAUCGGCGCGCUUGCGUACACCGGGGCCAUUAAGCUCAGCCCGUGCCAGGCGGCCAAGACGUAGUCGUUCAGCAUGUGGAGAUUAUGGUAUACCGGGAUCCGCAAUGAAAUCAAAAACAUCUUCACAGUUAUCCAUUAAUGCCGGCAGCAGUACGGCCAGUGACCAUCAUUCGCGUAGUAAAAUGAGAACGCCCAUGGCAUCAAGGAGCAAGGCUCUCUCCGCUGAUCGUUCGACCAAAGAUGCCAAUGAACCACAGUCACCGCUUUCGCCACCGACAUUUUUGCGUUUCCCCAGAGCUGGUGAAUUGGUGCUUUCCAAAUGUGGCAGUCCCUUGGUGGCCAAUACUGUACCUGGUACAUUUGCCCAUCUUAAUAUACCAUUGCGUAAUGGCGUCAUCUCCAUGAGACCCAAAAAGAUUGAUGAUUUAACUCCAGACAUCAUUAAGGCAAUGGAUCCGGAAACGUUACAACAACUAAAAACCCUACAUGCUAAUAUCGAUAAGAUAGUAAAUAUGGCAGAUAAAGCCGGUUUCUUCUAAAAGCAAAGAUUUAAACAAAUUACAAAUGGCCUCAGUAAGGAAUUUAGUAUACAAAACUAUAUUUAUUAUCCAUAAACAAAGUACCUACUUUCACCCCUUAAACAAAACUACUCUCACUUGGUACUACAUAUGUAUUGUUUUAUUUAUAAUUUACAUACUAUUAACAACUGCCAUCUUUUAACUGAUGAGGAUUAUGCAACUGUAAACAUAUUGCAACACAAUACAACCAAAAAUUUAUCUAAUCUAGAAUUUGGAAAGAAGACACAGUUAAUAAACAAGAACCGCCAAUUUAUUUUUCUUUCUUGAAACUCCCCACUUAAUUUUUGUUUUAACUGUGUUUUCUAUUAAAAAUUUCUUGAUUUUGUGUUUUGCUUCUCUAUUGUUGCCUAAAUUUCAAGCAACGCAACUAAUACACUUAUUUUUCAAUAUUUUUUUUUUUUUGUAAUUAACGUUGUUAGCAGCGUUAUUUUUUUUAAUUUGCAAACAUUGUUUUGUUUUAGCAUUUUUUAUUUUCAGUUUAUAUGCCUCUUUUUGUCUAUCAUAACAAAAUCACCCAAAAAUCUAUCUAUAAAUGUUUUAUAAUCAAUUUUAUGUAUCAAUGCUAAGUUAAGAUUUAAUUACAACAAUUUUUUUAAAAUAUUACAAAUAAAAUAAAUUAAAAAAAAACAUAA